CUACAAAAUAAAAUACGACAAUGAAUUACGAAUCCAGCAGUCUUCGCCGUGCACACGUGAACACGAAUAUCGGCGAAGCAACGCCAUUGCCAUCGUCCUAUGACGCACCAUUAGCAACGACCGAUAAAAUGCGUMGGAGGAAGGRAAAAAACAAAAAAUCCAUAAUGCCCUUGUCGUGCCAACGAGCUUUCGUGCGAUUUKUGACACUGCAAAAGACAUCUCAACUUGUGCUGGUUUUGAUGGUGAUUUCAUUUAUUUUUCUUCUACCACCUACAAUAUACUUGAUGAGGUCUCCUUCGCGCUAUAUCUUGGAUAAAAACGAGAUUUACCAAUCGAAACGUCAGAAGCGGCGGGAAGGCGAUGRCCAGAAAACGAAGCACCUCCCGAUCAAAGAUAGUCAAUUUGUCAAUGUUGACUUCAAUCAAAACUUCGCUAACGUCACAAAAGAGCAUGAAUCCGAAAGAAACAUAUACGAUAUCAAGAACAACAAACUAUUGAAAGAAUUYAUCGAACGAAAGACUUUUCCCUCGCUAGAACCCAGGGUGGUGAAACUAACAGAUCGCGAUCAUUCCUUCCAGUUUCAGGUCGCUCCUGGGUCGUCGUCGUCGUUGACACUGCCAGAAAAGGGCUYGAAAACAUUGAAAUCGAAAUACAUACCGAUACAAGCGGACUCUSYUAAACAGCUAAACCCRGCAGACCCGCUUGGUAAGGGCGAUUGCAAACCCAUCGCUCCCGAUUGGCAACUUGCUUAUCAUCCUACUUGCAAUCAAAUCCACGAAUUAUCAGGUGGUUGGCAACAAACAUAUCGGUUGCCUGCUGGAUUUUCAUCACGAAAUAAGUCAAGCGAUCUAGAAUCGUUUCAGUUGGGAGCAACCCUUGAURAUGAAGCAAUCGCACCUGAUGUUCAUCACAGGGAACAAACGCGGCUGGUCAAUCAAGGUGCAUUUCGUCAUGUCUGGAUGAUUCGAGAUUCACACGAUGGCAUUACAAAACGUGCGAUGAAAACGUUACGGUCUCUGAAACGCAAAGAGAAAAAGUUUGAUCUUCGAAACCACGAUCGUCACCGAAGGGAUGCGAUGUCGUUCGAACAACUUCACAACAGCUCAUUAGUCGUCGAUCUUUACGCAUCGUGUUCCAACACCGCAAUUUUUGACUAUGCAGAUCGAGGGGAUCUACGCAGAAUUUUUGAAAGCGAAGAAGAAGAAUCCCAGACUUUUAAUCUUCACCUUAUGGAAAUUGCCUACAAUGUGUCCUUAAGUGUACACGAUGCGCACCACUUUGAUGAAGAAGGACGCGCAACCAUGGCUCACACGGAUAUAAAGGUAAACCAGUUUAUCUAUCAAGAUGGUUAUUACAAACUUUCUGACUUCAACCGCGUGCGUUUUCUCACGUGGAACAAUAAAGUGAACAAGGGCUGUGGAUUUGAUGUUGCGAAAAAUGGUGGAGAAUACAGAUCUCCUGAAGAGUAUGCUUACGAAAAAGAAACGGAAAAGGUUGACGUUUAUUCCCUGGGAAACGUUUUGUACUUCUUAUUGGUGAGGCACGAAGUCUGGGUGGAAAAACCAGUGAAACAAGUCUAUGAACUGGUAAAACUAGGCCAUCGGCCAAAAAUACCUGAGAAGAUCUACAAYAGCAAGGGGAUAUUCGAACGAGCUAUGGUUCGUGCCAUAGAGAUGGCAUGGGUUCAAGAACCUGAAGGGCGAUCAAGCGCUUUGGAGGUUGCGAAGGUUAUAAAGGAAGGUUUGGACAUGCUUUCUGAAGGUGCCAAAAAUUACCACCGAUGACGAUGUUUGAGAUCAAGAAUCAACAGACUUGAUCUAGCGAAUAUCGAAAUACAUUAUUUUGACUUCUUUUCUAGUCCAGUACAAUAUCUAUCGGUGGGACGACUGAUAUUUGCAACGGUAGCAAAGAAAAAAAGCACAUACUCUUUUCUCUUAUUUUUCUAUGAUUUUCUACCAGGUUGAUUUUUGCUGAUUAAAACUAGGUAUCAAAGCGACUAAGUAGAUGAAGACGAUUCCAGUCUUUCCUUUAUUCGCUCUAUAUCGAUGUCUGGAACUCGAAAUAGACGACUCUUCAACGCAUUUCGUGGGUCUUUCUGAAGUAKUAAUACUUCGUAAUCGUCUUUGUCCGUGGGAUUAAUCAUACCUAGUUUUUUGGAUGUUUCGCUCCAACUUCCAAGAAGGCAUUCUAUGGCGUCUUCGACCUCUGUGAUCGAGGACGUUCCAAGUUUUUGAGCCAAAAUCUUUCUCGCAUCCGGGGCAAAUUUUCCAAUCACAGUCCCUUUUCCCCAAUUUUGCCAAUUACCGGUGGGAUCAAUAGAGUAUAUGCACAAAGCCCCAUCUUCCUGAUCAAUAUCGUCACACCCUAUGAUCAAACAUUGGACUCCAAACGGGCGACUACCCUUCCGCAGGCAUUCGUUCUGCAGAACUGACGCCAUUCUUUGUGUCAUGGUAUGUGUUGUCAUCGAAGUCUCGUAGAUAAAAUGAUGAUCAUCAGCAAUUUUUUGCAGAACCUUGCAUACAUGCUCGACAUCCAAGGCCAACCCAGUCAUUGCAACCACGGUAUGAGAUCCGAUAGGAAACCACGAUGGGGCAUAUUGCAUUGAUUCGUACUGAUUGUCUCGUUCGAUCCUUUCAAGACGCAAUCCAUGGAGUUCCGUCGUCUCUGUAACGAAAUAGGUAUGCUUGUAUACGUUGGUGGAAGGGGAUCGAAGAAAAAGAACAAGGCAAUCUUUGACGCUCGUCACCAUUGCAGUUCCGUGGGCUUGAGAAGCAGUCCAUGAUUCUUGCCACCUCGGGAUCGGAGUUAAAAAAUCCUUACUACCGCUCCUUCGGGGAGCACUGCUCGACGAGACCGAAGAKAGAAGUAAAGAUAAUGCGAUUAA